AUGGAAUCCGAACUUACUGCUCUCAUUGAGAACAGCACCUGGGACAUUGUUCCUUUGCCUCCCAGAAGGAAACCGAUUUGCUGUAAAUGGGUUUAUAAGAUAAAAUUCAAGGCAGAUGGCUCUAUUGAGCGCUAUAAGGCUCGUUUGGUUGCCAAGGGAUUCACUCAGAAAGAAGGUUUUGACUACCAUGAGACCUUCUCUCCAGUAGCUAAAGAAGUCACUGUACGUUCCUUCUUGUCCGUUGCAGCCAUACAGAAUUGGUCUCUUCAUCAAAUGGAUGUACAUAAUGCGUUUCUUCAUGGAGAUUUAGAUGAAGAAAUCUACAUGAAUAUUCCUCAAGGAUUACGCAGACAGGGGGAGUCUCGGGUAUGUCGUCUUCGCAAAUCCUUAUAUGGAUUAAAACAAGCAUCUAGACAAUGGUAUGCCAAGUUUACCACUGCACUAACCAAUGCAGGUUUUGAGCAUUCUAAGUAUGAUUAUGCCUUGUUCACACGUACUACAAAAGACUCAUCAAUUUAUUUAUUGAUAUAUGUCGAUGACAUACUUGUCAUGGGAAAUAAUGAUUCUGAUGUUGCCAAAUUCAAAAGGUAUUUGCAAUCCACCUUUCAUAUUAAAGAUUUGGGACCACCAAAAUAUUUUCUCGGCAUUGAGAUUGCUCGAUCCAAUGAAGGAAUUUGCCUUAGUCAAAGGAAGUUCAUCUUGGAGAUUGUUUCUGAAGCAGGUUUGUCAGGAUGUAAGCCAGCAGUCAUUCCAGUUGAGCAGAAUGUGAAGUUGACGACACAUGACUAUGACAUUAGUUCCCCUUCAACCAUUAAGGAUUCAGUGCUCAGAGAUCCUUCUGAAUAUCAGCAACUUGUUGGAAAACCGAUAUAUCUUACGAUGACAAGACCUGACAUUUCAUAUGCGGUACAAAUACUCAAUCAAUUCAUGCAUAUGCCAAAGCAAUCACAUAUGGAUGCAGCGUUGAAGGUCGUGAAGUAUCUGAAGGGAUGUCCAGGCCUUGGAAUACUUCUGUCUCGUGACUGCAAUAUGAAGACGGCGGCUUUUUGUGACACAGAUUAUGCCACUUGCCCAAUGACCAGAAGAUCUAUUACUGGUUUUUGCAUAAAGCUGGGAAAGUCACUAAUUUCUUGGAAGACAAAGAAGCAGUCAACUGUCUCACUAUCAUCUGCGGAAUCAGAGUAUCGGGCCAUGGCAAAAGCUACCUACGAAAUAAUCUGGAUACGAGCACUACUCUUGGAUCUUGGAAUACAGGUCACUGGACCAACUGGAUUGUUUUGUGAUAAUGAUGCUGCACUCAAAUUAGCAAAGCAAACCCAGUUUUCAUGA